UGAGCAUUAAAGCAGUCGUCAUUUUAAAUGGCAGUUGCGAUUUGAGAGGUAACAUGUAACGAGGUUGGACGUAAAAAGCAAAUUGUAGACGAAGUGGCCACGUGAAAAAAAUUUCAUUCAAAAUUUCUAUGCCGUUUCGUUUAACACGUUGCCAAGAUGUCGAGCGAUGUUAAGGUGGGAAUUAAACUAAGACCUCCGACGCAACAGGAGCUAGAUGAAAAUUUGUCGAUGCAAUGGAUCGUAAAAAAAAACUCGAUUGUUUCGUUAGAGCAAAAGACAAGUAAAUGGGAUGAUAACGGAUUUCAUUUUGAUUAUAAUUUUGAUCUAAAUACAAAAAAUUCUAAAAUAUUUGACAGUAUUGUUAAACCUAUUGUUGAUGCUACUAUAAAUGGUUUUAAUGGAACAGUAUUUUGUUAUGGUCAGUUUAAUUCUGGUAAAACAUAUACAAUGAUAGGUACCUCGGAAGAUCCAGGAAUAAUACCACUUACUGUUGAAUAUAUAUUUGAUGCUAUUUCAAAUGUCAUUCAACGUGAAUUUUUAUUGAGGGUAUCCUAUUUAGAAGUUUGUGAUGAAAAAAUAAAUGACUUAUUAGAUAAGAAUCAGAUUGAUUUAAAAUUAUACAAAGAUAAUAAUGGAAAAAUAAUUGUUAACUGUGCAGAAAAAAUUACAAAUUCUUCAAAUGACAUGUUGUCUCUAAUGAAAAAAGGAAUUAAAAAUGACAGAAUAGAAGAAAAUAAGAAUAAACAUAUUAAUAGCCAUAACAUAUUUCAAAUUAUAAUUGAAAGUCAAGGAAUUGAAGAAGAUUCAAAGAAUAUUGUGCAAUUAUCACAAUUAAAUUUGAUAGAUCUUGCUGGUUUUACAAAAACUCAGUGGACUGAAGUUAUUGAAGAACAUCAAACUGAUAUAUCUCUUUUUACUCUAGAAUCAAUAAUCACACAGAUGAGUAAGUCACAAAAUAUCCAGAAACACAUUGAUUAUCAUAAUAGUAAACUAACAGAAUUGCUACAGUCAUCAUUAAGUGGCAAUGCUUUGAUAGCAAUAAUAUGUACAGUGACACCUGUUACCUUAGAGGAAACAUAUUACACUCUAUCAUUCGCAACUGAAGCUAAAAGAGUUAAAACCAAACCCCAAAAGGAUAAAAUUAUAUCUAAUGCAUCACUUCUUUGUUAUGCAAAACAAGUGAAACUGGAGCGAAUAAAAAAUGGAAACUCACCUAUAGACGUAGAAGAAGUAGAAUCUAAUAAGGUGCAACAAAAAUGUCACUUGUUAGAAGAACGUAUAAAAUUAUUAAAAACUCAAAUUAUUUCUGGACAUUUAAAAAAUGGUGAAAAACCAGUUAAUUAUAAGUCUAAAAGAAGAGAAAUUUAUUAUAAUCCUGGAAUGAUCAAACCGUAUUCACCUAUAUUUUAUACUCAAACUUGCUUACCAACAAUAAAAGAAAUUUCACCUGAGAAACCACAUAAAAAAAACAUUAUGCAAUCAAUUGACAUAAAUCAAACAUUUCAGGAAGAUCUUGAAUCAGAUGCAAGUGAUCAUGAAAUAAUUGAUCAUGAAGCAGAUUAUGAAAUCAAAGAAAAUGAUAAUACUAGAAAUAAACAUGUUAAAUGUAUGGAAAGUAAUUAUUUUUUUCUAAGAUCUGGAACCAGUGGAGUAUAUCCUUCUACACCAAAAAAAGUUUUGCGGAAAUGUAUUGUGGAUCUGAGAACAGAGCUUGAUGAACUUCGUGAAUUUACAACUUUGGAAAAACAAUUGACAUGUGAAGAAAAACAUUGUUACACACAUAAUAUGGAAGAGCAAGCGAAAAAAUUGUUUAUUUGUUCUGAUUCAAAAAAUGAUGAAAUUGACAAAUAUUCUCCAAAUUUUGUAAUACAAUUAAAGGAUGAAAUAAAACCCGAUGUUCAAAGUAUUAAAUUAGAUAUAGAAAAGUUGGAAAAAACUAUUUGUUUAUUGACAAAUGAAAAUAUGGAAAUGUCAAACAAAUUAUAUGCUGAAAAAGAACUUGCUAAAGAAACCGAAUUAAAUUUUCAGAAAACAAUCAAUGAACUUUAUACACAAAUCUCAAAAAUUACGGAGGAGAAAAUUGAUUUAGAAAACCACAUAACAGUCUUGAAUGACCAAUUAGAAUCGUUUCGUUCAAAAACAGAAAAAUACGACGAUGAGCAGUUACUUAUUAAAUAUCAGAAUAAAAUUGAGGCAUUGAAAACAGAAAAUAUUGAUUUAUCAGCGAUUAUUGCAAAUCAAAAUAAGGAACUUGAAAAUAUUAAAGAAAGUAAAGCACUCUUAUAUGAUCAUGACUGCAUUUAUAAAGAUAAAGUUACAUUACUUACAGAAAAAAAUGAAUAUUUGAUAAAGGAAAAUAAUGAACUUUCUACUGAUUUAAUAAACAAAAUUGAGGAAAAUGAUAUAUUGAAAGAACAAUGUGAUAUUUUAAAUAAUAAAAUGACUUUAAUAAAAAACCUGGAUUCCAAUGAAAAUGACAUAGAGAAAUUAAGGUUAGAAAACAAUAUUUUGAAAGCUAGAAUUGCAGAAUUAGGAAUGAGAAUAACAAUAUUAACUGAUGAAAAUGCAAAAUUUUCCAAUAAUCUAUUAGAAAAUAUGAAAAAUUUUGAUAAUUCGCACAAUGAAAAAGUACAUAAUUCUAUUGUACCUAAUGAUCCUGAGAAGUCGAAUGAAACUAUGAAGAAAAUAGUACCAAAUGAAAAUUACGAAGAACUGUCAAACAAAAUUAUAAUGCUACAAAAGGAAAUUACACAUUUAUCUCGUGUAAAUAAAAAAUUAAGUGAUUUAAAAUUAUCAUCUUGUAGUCAAUGUGUACAUUUAAAGAAUGUAAGUGAAAGUCGUAGAGCUUUUAAACUUGAAGCAAAAAUUUUAAAUCAUAAAUUAGAAGACUUACAAAAAAGAUUUGAUCGUAAAUGUGCAGAUACUGAAACAUUAAAAUUUAAGGUUAAUCAAGAAUUGAAUUUAAGUUUUACUGACCCAUCCUUGAACACCAGUUUUGUAGAUAGAAUGAAUGUAAGUUUUGUAGAAGAAAAAGUUUACCAUUUAAAUAAUGAAUUACAAGCUUUAAAAGAUGACCAUGAUAAACUUUCAAUUUCAUAUAAAGAAAAAUGUGACAAACUAGAAAAACUUCAUAGUGCAAUAGAUAAUGAAAAAAAAAUCGAGCAGCUUCAAAAUAAUAUCGAUCAAGUAAAAAACGAUAUAGAUGAAAUAAAGAAGAGUAGUACACAUUUUGUUUCUUUGUAUAAAACGAAAAAAGAAAAAUUAUUAGAAAAAAUUAGUAGUUUAACAAGUAAUAAUGAAAUGUUACAACAAACAAUGGCAGAUAAAGAGAUAUCAAUAUCUAAAGCUACAGAAAAAGUUCAAAUUCUCGAAAAUGAAUUGUCAUAUAUGAAUAAAGAAAUCGAACAGUUUUCUGCGUUGGAGAAAAUAAUGCAGAGUGAAAAAAUGACAUUAGAAAUAGAAUUAGAAGAAUUAAAGCUUGAAAAUGAAAACAAAGAUAAUCUUAUUACUGGACUAAAUAAAACGAUCGAUGAUUUAAAUAAAUGUAUAUCAUCAUUAAAACAUGAAUUAGAUUUAAUAACUAUUCAAAAGAACGAAUUCACUAUUUUAAUUAAAAAAAAUGAAUGCAAAUAUAAAGAUGAAUUAAAACUUUUAAGAAAGCAAUGUGACGAAUUAAAAGAAGAGAAACAAAAAAGUAUAGAAAUAGAAAAACUGCAAAUCAAUGAAUUAGAAUCAAAUAUAGAAAAACUUAAACUAGAUUUAGAAAAACAAAGAAACUUACAUUGUGAAGAUACUGUUAAAGAAUCUAUGAUCAAAGAAUUAAAGUCACUUGAAUGUAUAUCACAUUCUAUAGAUUUUUCAAGUAAAACUGUAAAUGAAAUUUUCAACAUUUUUUUGCAAACGAUUAUGUUGAAAGAAGAAGAAAUAGUUAAAAAAAUGAACGAAUCAUUCGAAAAAGACAAACAAAGAUUAGAAGACGAGAAACAACAAUGUGCAGAUGCUGAAAAACGCAUGAUGUUAUGGGCUAAAGAAUUGGAAACAGAGAAUGAAAAAUUACACAUUGACUUUAAAAAAACAGAGAAUUUAUGUAUAGAAAAACAAGAUGAAAUUGAUCGAUUAAAACACUUUGUAAAAGAAAAUAAUUAUGAAAAGGAAAUACUCAAAGAAGAAAUUAAAACAUUAGAAAAUUAUCUCAAUAAUUUGCAAAACGAAUUUGACAAACAAUGUAGAGCAGAUAUUCAACAAAAAGAAGAAACUAUUAUUGUUGUACAAAAACGAGAAAAAGAAGUACGAGAAGCUCUUAAAUGUAAAGAAAUUGAACUUCAGUCUAAAAUGAAAUGUGAAAAAGAGCGGUAUGAAAAGAAAAUAGAAGAGUUAAUUUGCACUAUAGAAAUCUAUAAAACAAAAAAUAUAGAAUUGAAAAAUAAUAUUGAAGGGCUUGAAGCUAAUGAAAAACAAAUGAAAAAUAUUAUAGAAGCAAAUUCUUUAGAACUGAAAGUAAAGAAUCAAAACAUUCAUAAAAUUACACUUGAUUUUGAAGAGCUCAGAGAAGUUUAUUAUGAAUUAAAUUGCGAAAUGAAAGAAAAAACGUCUAGAAUUGAAAACAUUACACUACUUUUGAAAAAUAAAUGUGAUAUGUUAUCCGAAUAUAAAAUGAAAUUAGAAUCUAUCAUGCCAGACUAUGAAAUAUUACAAAAUCAAAUCAAGGAAAGAAAAGAAAGUAUAGAACGAUACAAAGAAGAAAUAGAAAAGUUGAAGAUGGAAAAGAAAAAACAAAUUGAAGAAGUCAAAGACAAAUUAAAUUUGGAAGAGAUAAAAAAUAUUGGAUUAAAUAAGCAGUUAAAUGAACUAAAUAGUAAAAAUAUUGUUUUAAUAGAAGAACUUGAUAAUUUAAAAGAGAAGUGUGAACAGUUGCAACAAACAAAUGUUAAAUUAGAAAAGAAAAUUAGAAAUAGUACAAGUAAAGUGAAAGUUGAAGCAGAGAUGGAAGAGUUAAAGGAUGUAAACAAAAGAUUGCAAAAUAAUUUAGAAGGUGCAAGUAAUCGUAUAAUUGAACUGCAGGAAAGCAAAAAUAAAACUUUCAAAGAAUUAGUUAAUUUAAAAAGUCAAUAUGAAUUACUGUCUCAAGAAAAUGUUGAAUUAAAAAAGAUGUUAUCGUUAUGCAAAUCCAAACAAAAUACUUUAUAUUUAUUGAAAGAAGAAAACAAAUAUGAUGUACUUCUCCAAGAAAAAAAUAAAAUCGCAUUACAAUUAGAAGGUAAAAAAUUAUUACUAUCACAAAAAGACAAAGUGAUUGUAGAAUAUACAAGUCAAAUAAAAAAUUUGGUUACUGAGAAGAGAGAACUGGAUAAUCAAUUAAGAGAAUGUACCACUAUUUUAUAUGAACGUAAUGAAGAACUAUCAAGUUUAAAAGAUAAAAUAUACAUGCAACAAGCUGAAAACAAAUUGAUUAAUGAAUUAACAAAAAAAUUAACAAGUCUAGAAAAAGAAAAUGAAGAAUUUAAAAAUCAACUUCAAACAUUUAAAACAAUAGCACAAACAAACAUGCAACAGGUAGAAGAUACAAAAUUACACAAUGAAAAAAUUCUUGAUAUUCUAAGAAAAAGAAAUUCAGAAUUACAAAUGAAAUUUGAUGAAUGUCAAAGUGAAUUAGAACUAAAAAGCAAUAGUAGCAGUUCAAGAUCUACUAGUCCAGCUUUUGAAAAUAAUAGAAGAAGACGUAGCAGAAAUGAGAUAUUUAAUCAAAGAAGACAACUAGAAAAUACAGAUUAUGAUCAAAAUUCACAAACGUGCCAAAUGUUAAGAAAGAAAAUUCAGGAAUUAGAAUUAGAACUAGUAAUAAAAAAUGGACAAAUUUCGGCAUUAGAAACUCAAAUUCAGAGUGAAAAUUUUCCUUACUUACAAAAAUGUAAGGAACUAGAAGAAGAUAUGCUCACGUUUCGUAAAAAAAACGCGGAUCUUAGUUCUGAGGUAAGAAAACUUCAAAGGACUCUAAAUGACAUUAACACAUGGGAAUGUGAUAUAUGUAGACGAUGGCGUAUUAAUCGGAGAAACCAAGCGUGUCAAACGACAUUAAAUAAUACGUCACAACUUUUUACAAUGAAUAACGAAAUAAUUAAGGAUGAUCUAAAAAUAGCAAAACUGGAAAAAGAAAACGCAUUAAUAAGAGAUGUAUGCCGUGCACGAUGUCGGAAAAUAAAACAUUUGGAGGACAGAGUAAGGGAAUUAGAAGAAGCACAGGCUGUGUCAUAUUCAAAAUGUAAUAAACUUUUGAAAGAGAGAACUAGUCAACAACAUAUUUCCAUGAUGGAAUUCAACAAACAUUUAGAAAAAGAUACAAAACCGUGAGAAGAACAUAUCUUUAAAUAUGUUUUGCCUGAAAUUAGACUGCCAAGAAUUCGUUUUUUUUUUUUAGUGGUGCUUAAUUAUUGCAAUGCAAUUGCUACAAUUUAUUUAUUACAUGCAAAGGAAUGUACGUGCAUUAUUAUUUAACAUAAUUAUAAACAAAAUUCAAACAACACUUAAUUAACCACAUUAAUAUGAAUAUAAAAAAGUAAUUGAUUUUUUUUGAAAACAAAAUAUUCAUAUAUUAUUUAAGUGUAUGUUAAAUUUAUGUACAUUGCUAAAAUUUUUUUUAUAUGCAUGCUAUUUAGAAUUUACAUAUUUAUAUUUCAUAUUCUAUUUUUCUUCUAUUUCUUCAAAAUUUUGAAUUUUUAAUAAUUGAAUUUACACAUUAUAUAUUUAAUAUUUUUCUACAGAGCAAUGAAAGAAAAUGUUGCAGUCAAUGUGUUAAAGUUUCCAAAAUCUUCAAAUUAUAGAAAAAGCAUACGGAACACUAAUUAAUAAUAAAUAAUAUCUUUCAGAAAUUAUAG